AUGAUUAGGGUUCUUUGUUUGUGGCUGGCGGAAAGAUUGGAAGGCAACGACAGAUUACAAGCCCCCUCUAAGCUGUCGACAGAAUUGGUGGGUCCGAGGUUUUUCACGGACGCCAAGGCAGCAGACGGCAGGGCUUGGGUUGGGGGUUUCCUCGAAGUGGUUGAGGGUUGCGACACGAAAAGGGUCAUCGCUGCAUUGGAGCUCUUGGCGACAUUGAUUGCUGUGAAGCUCUGGGUUCCGGUUACACCGAUCAUGGAACUCACAGAGGAGCUCGCCAGAAAGAACAGCCAACUGGAACUGAGUUGGUUAAGUAGAGACCACAACCAGUUGGCCGAUGACCUUACGAAUGAGAAAUUCGACAUGUUCGACAGCUCCUUCAGAAUCCCCUUGAAAGGGGAGGAAUUGGAGUGGAAGGUGCUGGACAAGCUACUUCGACACUCCGACAGCUUCUACAAGGAGGUAAAGACACGAAAGGCCUCG